AUGGCCUCUCCAACUGGCUUCAUCCCCGUUAGGUUUCUUCUUUCUGCUUCUCUUUUUCUCUUACUGCUUCCCAGUUCUUUAAAAAAGGGUUAUGCUUUGAAAAGGAUAGAGACUUCAGAAAGCCGUCACCAUACUGUUCAAGUCAGUUCUCUACUGCCAGCUUCACUUUGCAACCCCACCACCAAAGGUUCCAACAAGAAGUCAUCACUGAAAGUUGUUCACAGAAAUGGACCAUGCUCUCAACUGAGUCAAGACAAGGCCAAUACUCCAACUCUCACUCAGAUCCUUUAUCAUGACCAGUCUCGAGUCAACUCAAUUCACUCCCGACUCGCCUUCAACUCGGGCAAAACCAGUCUCCAGGACUCCCAAGCCACCAUCCCAGCACAAUCCGGCAGCAUGCUGGGCUCCGGCAACUACAUCGUCACUGUCGGACUAGGGUCCCCAAAGAGAGACCUCUCCCUCAUCUUCGAUACCGGCAGCGACCUCACAUGGACUCAGUGCCAGCCAUGUGUAAAGUAA